UCUCGCAAAUCCGAACGCAAUCAAAUCAUACUGAUCUCAAUCCAAACGGCCGACACUGCGAACCGUUCUCUCAGCCGUCCUCUCAUAGACGCGCUGUUGUUUGUGUCCGCACAGUGCGGCGCCGUGUGCAAGAUUGGAGCUCCAUGUUCCGCAACCCAAGACUGCACGCCUCGUACCGCUUACACUUGGCGACUCGUGCACCUCGUGGUCCUGAUAAAUCCACUACAAAUCCGGUGGUUUUAUGGGCCUUUCGUGCACCAUUGCUCUGCGGUGAUGGCGCUUCUAUGGAAGCCAGCUGAACUGGACCUUUCUUUUUAACUAGCAGUUUAGAACUCGUUGGGCUUAGUUUUCCUCUGGGUUUCUUCCAAAAUGAACUUGUGGCUUGUUGGAUUGCUGAGAGCAGCUUGGAUUGCUGGGAGUUUGCCUAUAUUGAUAGCUUCCGUGCCGUCUUCUAGGCUGUUUUGGUUUCGUGAUGCUCUUUUGGGCUUCGCUAAGCGUGGGAAGACAUUGCAGUCUUCGUCGAAGAGAUUUACCGUUCCUCAAAGGUUCUUUCGCCACUUUUAUUGGGUGGCUGUUGUGUGGACAACAAUCCUGCUUGGUUCAACUUGGAUGUAUGCCUAUUACACAGCUCCGUUGGUUUCAGAGCCAUUGCUUUACUCCGAUAUGUCCAGCUACUUGACUGGAGGCUCACAUAUUUUAUCUUGGUCCAAAUCACAUGCAGCAUCAACAAAACAAAGAUUUAUGAUCUGGAGAUCUGUUUUUCUUCUUUUGUUGAUGGAAGUUCAAGUUUUGAGACGACUUGUUGAGACAAUAUACGUGUUCAACUAUAGCCCCUCUGCUCGGAUGCAUAUCUUGGGUUAUCUAACUGGCCUGUUUUUCUACACAGCAGCACCACUGUCGCUUAGUUGCAAUUGCAUACCAGAGGUCUAUGAAUUUCUAGUGAGUGAAGUGGCUGAAUUCAUUGUCAGAGGCAAAAAUCAGAUGCCAGCCAUUGAAAUUCAUUUAUGGGAAUUUGUGAAUCCUCUUAUGAAGCUUGGGUGGUGCCAGUGGAUUGGUGCAGCUAUAUUUUGUUGGGGAUGGAUUCAUCAGCAGCGUUGUCAUUCAAUUCUUGGCUCGCUACGCGACUAUAUGGAACAAGUUGAUGAAUAUUUAAUCCCCCAUGGUGAUUGGUUCGAAAGUGUUUCAUCUCCGCACUAUCUGGCUGAGAUUGUCAUCUAUGCUGGUGUUGUGGUUGCCAGUGGAGGAGCAGAUCUCACCAUAUGGUUACUUUUUGCGUUUGUGGUGGCGAAUUUGGUGUUUGCAGCAGCAGAAACACAUAGGUGGUACCUUCGCAAAUUUGACAAUUACCCAAGCAACCGGCUUGCUGUUAUUCCAUUUCUUUACUGAGCCUAUGAAGAAGAAAUUUAGGAGAAAGUUAGUUGGCUUUGGGUCUGUGUAAUUACUACCAUUAGCUGCUUGAAUGAAGGAAUUUAAAAGACACUCGGAUAUCACAUGAGUCAAAUGAGUAGUGGGAAAGUGGUGAUAGAUAACAAGGAGAAAUCUGGUGAAAGAAACUUGGGGGAUUGGUGUGAAGCUAAAUAGAAAUAAGUUAUAAUCUUUUCUUGAGCAUGGCCCUGAUGGAAGAUUUGAGCAUUCUCUGUUUAAGACAACAUUUUUAGGUGAAAUUUACAAGUAAUCUUGGGGAUUCGUGUAUUGACCAUACACAACUUUUGCUUGGAUAAGAAAAGUUCAGUUUUUUGAGC